GCUCAUUCCCAGCCCAUCCGGCGUAGGCCACUUUUCUUUCCUUCCUUGUACUGCUUCUCACUUCCUUCGGCCCCUCGAGCACAUAGAUUCGCUCCUCUCCAUCACAGUAUCAAUCAUACAAGCUGCCGGCUACCGAACCAAUCUUCCCAAUCAGGAAGCUACCAAACCCCAACUACGGAGUACAGUUCGUCAUACAACACCACAUCGACUCCCGAUACUUUGGGGCCGGCACUUGAGCACCCACUCCGAACCGCUGUCAAUCCCACCUUGAACGGACCCCCGUCCCGGCAAUCAUUUGCGACACCCCACUAAACCCGGGCAAUAUGCGUUCAUCCCAGUCCGCCCCGGCGCUUGUUGCGCUUUUCUUUGCAGCCGCGGCCUCAGCCCUGUCGCCGGCGAGAUUGCAUUGCCUACGAUCACGGAAUCUCGAGCUGGCUAGAGUGGCAGCCUGUGGCGAACCUGGAUCGGUGGCCCACUGCAUAGAAAUGCUCACCGACGACUUUACACAGACCGAUCUGGAGAGAUGCUACAUCAAUGCUGGUUGCGACUUUGCCGAAGCCGUCAUCGAGUCGCAGUGGACUCUGGAUAGGUGUGACAAUACCGGCAGUGCCCCUGCCGAGUUGCGCAAACGCCAUGUAAACGUCUUCGCGCGUCAGACUACAGAGGCGACUACGGCAACGGCUGAGACGGCCACGGGUACAUCCACCGGCACAGCAACCUAUUCCAGGCUCACGUGCUCUACGACGACGACCAAGGCGACGACGCAGUGCCCUGUCGUCUCUACGGGCGUGCAGAAGGGCAAGACUCUCAAGGAGGGCUGCUUCCCUACACAAGUGGUCUACGCAACAUGCGCGGCGGGCCUGCUUUGCAAGAAUGAUAACUCAAACAACCCUUCGUGUAAGGUGUUGGACAACACCGUCUACCCGGGCGGCAUUGCCGUAGCGCUCUUCUUCGCCGUGGCCAUCACGGGCUCCAUUGCGUGGAUCACAUUUCUCUGCUGCAAGGAGAGGAAGCAGAAGAAGCGCAACGCGGACAGGGCUCAGGCCGCACUGGAUGCGAAGAUGGCGGCCAAGCGACAGCCAGCUGUGCAAGUUCACGAUUCGGACAAUCAGCCGCUCAUGUCGCAUGGGCAACCCGCUGCUGCGUAUGAAGCGCACGGUCCAUUUGGCGACCAGCACCGGAUGUAAGGUGGAGAUAAAGAGAUGUGGAUUGCGAGGGGUGUGAUGAAUGAUCAUCGGGGAUGAGGGCGUAAAGAGGCGCAUCAAGGUUCAAGGG